CGCCGCCCCUCUUCUGUCAGUGGUGGUCACUGAACGCCUCGGACGUUCAGACCGCUGCGGUAGACUCCCUUGUCUACUCUACCUUCCUUUGAUUUUUGUAUUUAACGAACUGUAAUGAAGCUCGCGCCGCUCCUUUUCCUCACAAGAGUUUUUCGCUUUGUAGCGGGUGCGAAGAGCCCGAUUCUUUUUCCCAGCGUUGGAGACAUUCCCCCGACAAUGGAGGCUAAAUUCAACCAUUCAUUGGCAAGGGAACAGUGCAAACCAUGGUUCACCAUUCUCCGCGAACUUCGGGCGAACGUAUUCAACGACGGCAAAUGCAACGAUCAGGCGCGAGAGGCUCUCAGACUGACCUUUCAUGAUGCCGUAGGCCGAUCACGCAUGCUGGAGGACUCCGGUUCAUUUGGUGGCGGUGGUGCGGACGGUAGCAUCAUCCGGUUCGCAGAUACCGAGCUCGCCAACCCUGCGAAUGAUGGCUUGGAGGACAUCGUACUGGCUCUCAGAGAUGUCGCCGAUAAUCACAACGUUUCCUACGGUGACAUAAUACAAUUUGCAGGUGCGGUCGGGCUGUCCAACUGUCCAGGCAGUCCUCGCUUGACAUUCCAUGCUGGACGACCCGAUGCCGUCGCACCAUCUCCGCCCGGUCUCGUCCCGUCGCCGACCGACUCCGCGGACGUCCUCCUGGCGCGGAUGUCCGACGCCGGCUUUACCAUAGAGGAGACAGUAGCACUGCUGGCCGCCCAUUCAGUAGCCAGACAGAAGACGAUUGAUCCAAGCGUACCGAACGUGCCCCUGGAUAGUACGCCUGAGGUCUUCGACACCAAGUUCUACUCAGAGAUGCUAUUGAACGGCACAUGCUACCCAGGCAAAGGAAGGAGCACUGCAGAGGUCAAAUCGCCGCUCAAGAACGUAAUGCGGCUCACGUCCGAUGCUGCCAUCGCCCAGCACCCCAGCACUGCGGGCAUCUGGCGUUCUUUCGCAGGCAACCACGAUGUCAUGCGAGCGGCCUUCCGAGGGGCCAUGCAGAAGCUCGCGAAUCAGGGCCACGUCAACCUCGUUGACUGUUCUUUCGUCAUUCCUACGCCAGCGCCUUUGGCGAGGCAGACUCCUUCCAAUCCCUCACCGCACGGUACGCUCGGCCCGGGACUUCCGAACAAGGGCUCACGACUUGCGGUGAGGACUGGCACAACUGUCCCUUAUGUCAGCAGAGAAGCAUCAAGCCGCUCGCGCGCCGGGUCCAGAGUUGGCCCAUGCCAAGCUGUUGGCUCUGCCUAAUCGAGCAGGUCUCGCGCGCCCUCCUCCCGAUCCCGACGCGACGCGAUGCGAUGCGCUCCACCGCGUCUCGCCAAACGCCUUCGCCGUCGCCAACGUAGCACUGUAGAUUCUAUUGAAUAUAUUUCCUCCUUUCCUCUGUUCUGC